AUGCCCGCGGUGUGUGUGAAUCUGUGAUUGCUUGUUCUGGCCCAAAGGCACUGAACAAACAAGCAAUUGACGCCCAGGUAUAUUUCCAAUGGCAUAAUGUCAAAAUGUCUAAUCUUCUCUAUCUGGUCCUAUAGGUUCUGCUCCGGACGGGCCACUUCCUGAAGACAGAGGUGCUGAUUGGUUUGAACCAAGACGAGUGGACCUACUUCCUGGUUUACGGGGCACCGGGAUAUGACAUCACUAGCCAGAACCUGAUCAGCAGGGAGGACUUCCUGAAAGGGGUGGACCUAGUGUUGCCGGGGUUCAGUGAUGUCAGAAGGGAGACGGCCAUCUUCCAGUACACUGAUUGGACAGUACACUGA